CCUCAUGCAAUUUCAAUGAUUUCAGUCUGGCUAGGGACGGCGCAAGAGAACUACACGAAGGACGGCUUCAAGUUCGUGAAAUUCUUGAUCAAGGAAGUUCUCAAACCAGGUCGCGAAGCUGAAGAGGACCUGAAGGGCAAGACUCGGCACAUCAAGGCUCGUGAGCGGUGCGCCAGCUUCAACCUCGAGCUGAGCAAAGAAUACGUCGUCAUGGGGCUGGACUCUGAGUACCAGGAGCACGUGCAGCACGGACUGGUCCAGCCGCUUUACAUCAUGGACACCGCUGCCGUGGUGUUCCCGAAGGCCACGCGGGACAAACAGACACGAGACCUCGUGACGUGGUUCAUCAGGGAAUUCUCAAACGAAGAAUCUCGCUGUUUUACCUGAUAGAAAGUGGUUGAGGGUACCACCCAAAGUAAAAUAAACUUCCUGGGAUACGCCACAAGA